ACCACUAGAGACUAGUUCCCAAUCAUCGUCGCCCUCGCAUCGCAGCGACGACUCUCCAACACUCUCUGUCUUCCCCCAAAAACUCAGUACAGAGAGUACAAAUUUCUACAACUCCAAUACUCUCUCUCUCUCUCUCUCUUUCUGUGAUUUGCUUCUGAGCAAAAAAAUGGCUUCGUCAUCGGCAACAACAAUAGCAUCACCGUCAUCGUCAGGUUCAGGAAUCACAGAGCGACGAGGAAUCCCUGGAGCUCAAUUCGUAGAAGACGUUCAAACCUAUCUCAAUCAAUUAGGUCUCGAUGUUACCUCUGCUCUCGCUGUUCUCCAAGAAAGACUUCAGCAAUAUAAGUUGGUUGAGAUGAAACUUCUUGCUCAGCAAAGGGAUCUUCAGGCAAAGAUCCCUGACAUUGAAAAGUGCUUAGAUGUUGUUGCAACUUUGCAAGCUAAGAAGGGCACUGGUGAGGCACUUGUUGCUGAUUUUGAAGUAGCUGAAGGCAUAUACUCCCGGGCUAGCAUUGAGGAUAGUGACUCAGUAUGUUUAUGGCUGGGAGCAAACGUCAUGUUAGAGUAUUCAUGUGAAGAGGCUACUGCUCUUCUGCAAAAAAAUUUAGAUAAUGCUAAAGCAAGUUUAGAAGUUCUUGUUGCUGAUCUACAAUUCUUGAGGGAUCAAGUGACAAUAACUCAGGUCACCAUUGCUCGUGUUUUUAACUGGGAUGUGCAUCAGCGCAGAAUGCGACAAUCUCCUGCUGUUAAAGACUCGUAAAUCAAAAUCAUCCAUCCAGAUUUAGAGGUGGCAGAAUAUGUUUUCCUUGUUGAGAGUAUGGUUGUGAUCUCACUUUAUUACUUGAAUUAGGUGAUUAGAUUGUUUUGCUUUAUCUCCAGGAAUCAAUUAUCUAUCUCAUGGGUUCUCUUCAUAUCUGCAUUUUGAGUUUCAGAUUGUGGUUUAUUAUAAAUAUCAACUAUACCCAUUGUGGAAGAAAUUUGUAAUAUUAUUAGAACCAGUUUUGAUGUAUGACGACACUGUUAGGCUUCAGCUGUAACAUCUGUAUCGCUUGAAAUUCUUAGGUUAAUGGACGCGUUUUGUUUUGCUUUGUGAAACUAAGUUAUAGUUAA